CGCGAGCGAGCCGAGGGAGCGUCUGGGACCCGGGACCUGGGACGGAACGGGACGAGGCGAGGCGCGACGAGAGCAGAGCGCAGCGCGGUACGAGGAAGCGUGCGUGCGAACGAGCGAGCGAGCGGGCGGGCGGGCAAGUUUGAUGCUGCUGCUGCUGCUGCUUCAGCUUCAGCGAUUGCUGUCGUUGUCGACGGCACGAGGUCGACGAGCUGCUCCAGCUGCUGCUGCUGCUGCGGGAGCUGGAUUUUCGAGGCCGUCUCGUGCAGCGAAGCGAAGCGAUGCGAUGCGAUGCUGUGUUUCGUGGGAUAGCGGAGCGAGUGCGUGGAGGCAGAGGCGGUGGUGUUGUUGGUGUUGUGGUUGUUGUUGCGAGGUAGUGCGCGGAUUUGCGUAGGAGGAGACGGAGAAGGAGACGAAGCGGAAGGAGGAGGAGGAGGAGGAGGAGAAAGAACGAAAGAAAUUGGGAGGGAGGGGGGGCAGGUUUGGGUAUUGUAGGGGGGGUGGGGUGGGGGGACGGGAGAUUGAUGAGUAGGUUGGCGAGGACGCUGCAAUUGGAUUGGGAGGGAAGGCAGGGGUGGCACGGGCGAUCGAUGAAGGAGAAGGAGGAGGGUGUCAUGUGGAAAUGGAAGGGGAGCACGAACCCGGUGGUGAAGUCGAUGUUCCAGGCGCAGCUCGGAGGAGCGGCAUGCAGGACCGUGAAGCAGCUGCCGGUGGCUGUGUACGAGCGCUUGCCGCGGGCGUCGCAGACAAUUGCCGCUCUGUGCGUGGAACUGGCUUCGGCUGUGGGCGGGAUCGACUUGUAUGACUGCGGGAGGGUGGUGGAAGUCCUCGCCCGCCAGCUUCGGGUGGUCGGGGGCAUGCCGCCCGAGGUCAGCCGCGAGGCUUUUGUGGCAUUCGGCGGAGAUGCCCUGCUUCUCCAAGUUUUGUUCUGUCCUUUCGAGAAAACCCAUCAGGCUUCGGUCGGAGGACUGGCGAGGGUCGGCACGCUGCAGAAGGAUUGUUUGGAUAUUUUGCGGGAACUUUGCUACACGGUUCCUUUUUUCGCGGAGUCACUCGCUGCCAAUCGUGAAUAUCUCGUCAAAUGCUUCUCACAGAUGGCGAAUGAGGGGACGUUUUUAUCUGCAAUUCUUCUCGCUGAGGAGAUUCUGGCAGUGAGGGAUGAAAUUAUGGACCUACGAGACGUUCCUAAUUAUAUCGAACUAGUGCAUCACUUCACACCCCGGCAACUGGUUUCUUUUUGCCGCAUACUUGCAAUGGUUGUCUUCGAGGCCGAGCCACUUAAGGUGGUGCCCGGAGAUGAAGUCUUCACCAAUACCGAAGCGAUGACCACAAUCGUGGACAUGAACCAUGAAGUUAUUUUGGGAAUUCCAGAUGUGUUGUCUCGAUUGGUGAAGCUGCUCUAUCAUUACAAGCUUCCUCACUCUUCUCAGGCUAGAAGUGCGAGCUCUGUUGCAUUCGCCAGUACUUCUGUCGAUUUGGCGGAUCAUGUCGAUGAUCCUGUGUUUGAAAUGACCUUGAGGACUACUCGCCGUUUGCUGAGUACAUUUGAAGACAAUGAAGUCGGAGCAGUUAUUCAUGGAUAUCUAGCUGAUGAGAGUGCUGAUGUUGACAUCAUGACUGAGGACAGAACUUUUGAUCUCACUGCUCUCACCGCCAUGCCCGCUCCUGAAAUAUUCACAGCUCUUAGAGCAAUACCUGCUCCUGAAAUCUUCAAUCUUCAGAACCAAGUGGAGAUUCUCUUUGUUCUGUGCGCCCUUUGCGGGAGCAAGAAAAGAGAUCAGGUGCAAGAUGCGCUUGCGCAACUUGGUUUAGUGGAUGUUUUGGAUCACAUGUUCGAUAAACUCGACUGGACGACAUCCCAUAGUUUGGCAAAGCCUGGUGGCAUUCAUGGACAUGGCUGCGAGUGCAAUCCUAAAUCUGCACUCAAAAUUCAAUAUCUAAGCUUGAUACACAAUUUCUGUGAUCGUGAUAGCUGCAACAAAGCUAACAAACAUCUAUUACUGAAGUCCACAUCUUCCGCUUUCAAGGACAACACUUCUUCUAGCAAUAAAUUAGGCAGCUCAGAUGGCUUAAUGAUAAAGGUCGUAAAAGUUCUCAUACAAGAACCAGCGGACUCUGUUUACAGGUUUUGGUUAGCCUCCUGUGUUGAAGCGUUUCUUAGAGGUGCAGAUGUACAAGAUCAGGUGAUUGUGGCUUCCACGGGCCUUAUGGAACAUCUGCUUACUGAAAUCUUGAAAGGAGGAUUCAGCUGUGCGUCAUCGUUGCAGAUAAAUUUUGACCUCCUAGGGGAGCUUUUGAAGUUCAAUCGCAUCCUCUUUACGAGAUUCACCAGUCUGCUCAGUGGAGACAAAUUCGACAAGUUUGUUGAGGCCCUUGUCACUAAUCUGGUUGAUUCAAAUGUCUUCAUUCGGUCUGUUCUGCUGUCUUUGGAGACCUUCAAAAACUGCCGGCCUAAUGAGGAGUCAUUUUCUAUCGCCAACUUCAUCGUGCACAACGAGUUUCAGUUGCUGCGGGAUCUUAUGUCUGCUGUUCCUCUGGGAGAUGUUAAUCAGGAUAAUAUAUGUGUACUCAACACGGCUCUCAUUAUGUUCAUCUUGGCUGAACGCAACGGCCAAUUUAAUACGUACUUACAAGUCCUAAAACUUACGGAGGCCGGUGGAGCUGGUCACCUUUUACACAAAUUUAGACAAUUAUUAAGUUUCUGGAAGCAAUAUUACCUGAGAAAGCCUGGUAGAGAUUCGCUUACACUGCAAUAUAGUACAAACAUUCCCUUUGAAGAAUGGCUCAGAGUUGUCAACCUGCUUUGCAAAGAACCAGAGGAGCUGUCACCAUCUAUUGAUCUCUCAGCACCUCAUCAUGAUUCAACUUGCAGCUCGAGCAUCCGUGCCUCCACCUCUGAGUCUUCUACGAGAAGAUGUUAGUCUUUGUAUAAACUGUACCAUAAUUCUCUCUCAACUUGUAAUUAAUUUUAGAGUCCUGUGUCUGAACUGGUUCGCUUUUGACAUAGAGCCAGUUCUGGAGAGCGCAUGUUGCAGUUUUGAUUGGACGAGUCAGGUGGAUCUGUAGGUCUCAACAUUUAGGUGAAGAAUGAGCUGAACUGAAGCUAGCACACGUCUGGGGCACCAUUUAGUCCUCCCUGGAGUCAUCUACAUUUCAUAUCGUGGUAACGUUCGUUGCCGCUGUCUGGCAAUCACUCAGGCCAUUUCUGUAUAGUAAUGCUUGUAUCUCAUAAAUCAAGGUAUUUUAUCGGCAUACAUUUCA